ACAGCAAAUAAGAGUUUGCUUCUGUCGGAUCUCUCUCUCUCUCUCUCACUUCAUCCAUCAUUUCCUUUGUCUUAAAAUCUCUCAUGAUGAUUCUUUUGUUUUAGAGGCACGCAGAGAGAGCAGAAGAGUAGACAAUAUAAUGAGAUGGAUAGUGAUAUAUGUGAGAGAUAUAUCAAGCUUUCAUGCAUGAACAAGUAUACCCAUUUGUCAUUUUGAUGAUUUGCAUGCCAUGGCUUAUCCACAUUAUCGAUCUCAGUUUGGAGACACAACGUUCACUAAAGUGUUCGUUGGGGGCUUAGCUUGGGAGACCCCUACUGAUGAAAUGCGUAGAUAUUUUGAGCAGUUUGGUGAGAUUCUUGAAGCUGUAAUCAUCACUGAUAAGAAUACAGGAAAAUCUAAAGGAUAUGGCUUCGUUACGUUUCGUGAUCCAGAAUCGGCCGGAAAAGCUUGUGCUGAUCCAAACCCUGUAAUUGAUGGAAGAAAAGCUAACUGCAAUAUUGCUUCUCUUCGACGGCCGAGACCUUCAACUCCAGCUUUUAAUAAUGCAGGAAAACCACAAGGUGACGCUCCUUACCAGGGAAGCCCAUCAUAUAGUGGAGCGGCAAAGCCAUUGCCGCCUCCUCCACCACCGCCGCCACCUCCUGUUAUCUAUCCACACCUCGGGUAUCCACCUUAUCCUCCUGAAUAUGGUUGCCACCAGGCUAUCUAUAACGCACAAGUUCAACACCCACAAUACUACCAUCAAGUGUACGGAACAUCAUCAUCAUCAUCAUCCGCUGUGGCCACACCAUACUACUAUCAUGGCUACUCAUUGCCACGUUAUGCACCCAAUACGCACCGUUUAGCAGGACCAGCUACCUACUUUUACUGCAGUAACUUGGACCUCCCUCCACCUACUACUAUUCAACCCACACCUCAUGAUCCCUUCCCCUCAUCUUCUGAUUCACAGCAUCCCUCUACAGAAACACAAGUUGGUGUGGUUACUUCGGAAAUUUCGAAUCUUAGCUUAAACAGUGAAAAACUUAAUUUGUAAAAUCUCCAUAACUUGUUGGUCUUCAUCUCUCUCCCAGCAUUUCCCUUUUACUCCAUAGACAGCUGCUGCAGCUAAGGAUUCGGAUUAAUUGAUUUAUUAUUCUAUGUUAAUUUGAGUUAA